AUGGAAAGGUACUUUGUGUUAGAUCCAGAGCUGGGACAGCUGCACUACUUUGUCAACGAGCAAGGGAAAAGCCAGAAGCCCCGUGGGUCCCUGCCCCUGAUUGGUGCCUCGGUAACCCCGAGCGACGAGGCUCCGCACAUGUUCAUUGUAAACUCUGUCAAUGGAGAGCUGUACAAACUCAGAGCCUCUGACGCCAAGGAGCAACAAUUUUGGAUCAGUCAGCUCCAAGCGUGUGCCAGACGUCACUCUGACAGCAGUGCCAAGGUGAGGAAGUUGAAGGGCUCCGAUGAACACUUGAGUGUGGAAAGAGCAGGUGGAGGCCAAGAGGUGCUGGGCUCCUCAUCCUCUGGUCGGACCCGUAGCUUCUCCCUCCUUCCCCACCUUACCCCAUCUUCAUCCCCGGGUUCUCAGAGGCACCUGAGCCACACGGCCUCACCUAGCAACAUCGUCACCAUCACCCACCACAAAUCUCCGGCUGCAGCUCGGCGGGCCAGGAGUCAGUACCCGGGACGGCUGCUGGAGGUCAAAGAGGUGAUGUCCCAAGCAGAGGGCCAACAGAAGAACUUGGUUCAGUCCAUUGACUCUCUACCCACCAAAGGCCCUCUCUCCUGUUUGGACCAGGACCUGCUGUUGCUCAAAGCCACGUCGGCUGCCACACUCAGCUGCCUGGGAGAGUGCCUAAACAUCCUCCAAAAGACCCAGAGCCAUAGCCAGGCACCUACUCAGUCCCAGGCCUCCGAGCGCAACUACUCUGCCCACGGAGCCCCCUCUGAUGGUGUUCCUGUGUGGACUGCACCAAAGUCGCCCUCAGGGGAGCUGUUGAGGAACGGAGGUCUGACUCCUCUACGAUCUGCCGAGCCCUCCCCGGCCCUCAGGAAAAGGAGUCUGUCCCAUGGUGCUGAGCGCCACACCGGGCUGGAAGACAUCAGUCCCACUGAAGAGGUGACAGACACAGAGGAUAAUGAAGAGGAGGACCUGGGUGUCCUGGACGACCAGCGGAGCAUCAUUCUCCACCUGCUCUCCCAGCUCAAACUGGGCAUGGACCUCACACGGGUGGUGUUGCCUACCUUCAUUUUGGAAAAGCGAUCACUACUGGAGAUGUACGCCAACUUCAUGGCCCACCCUGACAUGUUCCUUUCGAUCACAGCCGGGGCCACGGCCGAGGACCGAAUAGUCCGUUUUGUCGAGUACUACCUGACCGCCUUUCACGAGGGACGGAAAGGUGCCGUGGCCAAGAAGCCCUACAACCCGGUGCUGGGAGAGACCUUCCACUGUUCCUGGGAAGUGCCCCGGGACAAAGUCAAACCUUUGGUCAGAUCGAACCAGGGGUCUUCUUGGGAGCCAAGCAGGGGUGCCAACAACACACAGCAGGGUGAUGAUUCACCAGGAGGCUGCUACAGAGUCCGAUUUGUGGCAGAGCAGGUGUCCCACCAUCCUCCAGUGUCAGGGUUUUACUGUGAGUGCCGGGAGAGGAGGAUGUGUGUCAACGCCCAUGUAUGGACCAAGAGCAAGUUCAUGGGAAUGUCUAUAGGAGUGUCCAUGGUGGGAGAAGGGGUCCUUUGUCUCCUGGAGCAUGACGAGGAGUACGUCUUCACGUUGCCCUGUGCCUACGCCCGCUCCAUCCUCACAGUGCCCUGGGUGGAGCUGGGGGGCAAAGUCUCCAUCAACUGUGUCAAGAGCGGCUACUCUGCCACCGUCACCUUUCAUACUAAGCCCUUCUAUGGAGGGAAGGUACACCGAGUGACGGCAGAGGUCAAACACAACCCGACCAACACCAUCGUGUGCAAGGCCCAGGGCGAGUGGAACGGCACGCUGGAGUUCACCUACAGCAGCGGGGAAACCAAAGUGAUGGACACGGGCAAACUUCCAGUCACCAGGAAGAAGCUGCGGCCUGUGGAGAGACAGGGGAGGACAGAAUCCAGGCGGUUGUGGCAACAUGUCACCAAGUCGCUGAAGGAAGGGAACAUGGACGAGGCCACAGAGCACAAACACAGGCUGGAGGAGCGACAGAGAGGGGAAGAGAGGCAGCGAGCAGCCGACAACAAACCCUGGACACCCAAAUUCUUCACUAAAGAGGGAGACGGCUGGAUCUACAACAACUCACUGUGGAAGUCGACCUGACAGCAGACCAACACAGUCUUCUCAUGGACAAAAUCUGAGCUCCCGCCUCCCCAAGCUGAGGGCAGAGGUCAGGAAGCGAAGCGCAGGGAGGGGCGUACUCCAGAGACCUUCAGACUUGUGCUAUAGACUCCCAGUGACACACAAACAGGAAACAAGCAAGGUGCCAAAGGGAUCUCCGGUGGUUGGAGCUCCUGGGACAAAAGUACAUUUUUAUAAACAGUUAAUAUUACUAUUCUAAGUAGAGUAUUUCUAUUUUUCACCUUGUCAAGGCCUUUUUUGCACACGCACAGUAAUGAAGUUUGCCACUGGUCUUUUGCUUAGAUGUUUUUUUAAAUGAUCAAUAUGUUUUCUCAGACAUCAAUGUUUUGUUCCAAGCUUUUAGUUUGUGAUGCAGCGUUAGAAUGAAUUGGUAGAAGUUCCCUGUAACACACAAUACUGUAGCUGUAAACGAGUUGUUUAUAUAAAAGCACUUUUACCAUAGAAAUAAAUUUAAUACUUUAUUAUAUAUGGCUUUUACCAAUCAGGGUGAUCUCUAAGAGCUUUAAAGGGGAGAACUAACCAUCUAACCAGAUUUAAAACGAGAUAUAAACAGAGGUAAAAUUAACAAAUGUACUACAUUAGAUUUUGUCUUAGUAUAUAUUAUUGCACAGUCCAUUGCAGUAAGCUAUUAGAAAGUAAAGGUCCUGAUUGUUUUGUCUGCACUAUGAAUGUAUUUAGGCACAUUUUAAUAGUAUGCUUGUACUGUGUAGCUAUUCUACAUGCUUAUUGUGUUUUACCUUUAUAUUUUGCCACGUCGCUACAUUUACAGUAUUUCACCCACUGAGCGAGAAGCCUCUGCAUAACAGACGCUUUCCAUUACUACCUCUCUUAUUCAGCUAUUCCAGCCAUUAGCCAUUUAUACUUCCAAAACAAAACUUGUGACAAAAUGCGCCAGGGUUUUCAAAAAAACUUUUUUUGUUUGCAUCUGUGCCCCCCAAACGGCACUUGUGUAAUUAGGCUGCAGCUGCUCACCCAGUCCGUGCCUCCUGAAGUUAGUACUUCUCCUCGGGUCGCCCGUGGUGAUGAAUAUGGAUGAAGAAGGCUUGCGGGGGAAAAAAAACCCCAACAACUAUGUUCUCACAUCUGGGGGUCGCUCGAAGGUUGCCUCUGUGAAGAUGAGAGGAUAAUCUACCAGAAUAACAAUCACUGGGAACUGGGGUAACCAGCCUGCUGGGGAGAGAAGGAAAUUUAAUGUGUCCUACUACUGUGGUACUUACAUUCCAUGUUUGACAAAGUCUGUGGCCAAUUUCAUGGUUUUUCAACAAAGUAGAAAUUAAAUAAGAACAAUUAACAGUAAAUCCACUUGACAUUUUUCUGAAGGCCUUAUAUAUUUGUCAUGGAGGGAUAUUCACAUAAUCACCUCACUGCUUGCUCUUACAGAUGUUUCUUCACUUAAAUUUUCAAAUGGUAUUAAGCCAGGUGAAUUUACCAGAUGCCUAUUUGUAGCUUGUCAUGCCAUGACAGUAUAGAGAACAAACCUGCAACCAGUCAUCUUCAGCAAACCACUGUUCAUUACUGAUUUAUGACAUUCGCCUUACAUGAAACUAACAGUUGUAUUUUGUUUUUUUUAUAUCCAAAGGGAUCCAGACUCACUGAAGUAGAUAGUGACUGUGGAUAAAGGAGGUAUUAUCUAUUAAUAAAGACCUAUCUUUUUUUUAAUUAAACAUGUCUUCUUACAAA